ACACUCACAUAGAAGAAUUGAGAAGGAAGAAGAAGAAGAAAAGAUGGAAGGUCAGGUGGAGGAAGAGGAGUCUGUGAAGUCCAAGGUAGUGAAGGUGAAAUCACAGGAAUCAUGGGAUUCGUUGGUGAACCAGGCUAACUACCAGGGAUGCCCUGUGGUGAUACAUUUCACGGCGGCCUGGUGCAUGCCGUCGGUGGUGAUGAACCAACUAUUCGAAGAGCUGGCUUUGGUCCACCAGGAUAUCUUGUUUCUCUGCGUAGAUGUCGAUGAAGUUAAGGAGGUGGCAUCGAAGAUGGAGGUAAAGGCCAUGCCCACCUUUGUGCUGUUGAGGGAGGGAGCCCAAGUAGAUAAGCUUGUAGGGGCCAACCCUGAAGAGAUUAAGAAAAGGAUUGAUGGUUUUGCCCACUCAUUUCGUGCCUUAAAGCUUAGUUGAAAUCUACAAGAGUUUGAUGGUGUGGAUAUAGUUGUAUAUGUUUCUGAUCCUCAUGAUCUACAGGUGUGCUAAGAUGAUGUCAGUUUGAUGUGUGACUGUGGAUAUGCUUGUACAGUUUGUUUCUUUAUUUCUAGUGAAAAGGAAAAAAGUAUAUUGGUUGAUAUCUGGUCU